AUGAUCGAGCAAAUUGUAUCAGGUGGACAAACAGGAAUCGAUCGCGCAGCAUUGGACAUCGCAAUUGAACUGAAAAUUUCGCACGGUGGAUGGUGUCCCAAAGGUCGAAAAGCCGAGGAUGGAAUUAUUCCACAAUGCUAUCAACUACGAGAAACGGAUUCUGAUAAUUAUAGUGAACGAACAAAAUUAAAUGUAAAGGACUCUGAUGGCACAUUGAUCCUUAUCCCUGGCUCUACUGCCGUUAUCACUGGUACUGCCUUAACUAUUCAAGAAGCUCAAGCUAAGGAAAAACCAUGCUUGAUUGUUGACUUAUCUAAAGAAUUGGAUGAUAAUCUUCUGGGUAGAUGGAUAAAAGAGAAUAAUAUUAAAGUACUUAAUAUAGCGGGGCCGCGCGAAUCUUCUAGUUCGGGAUUAAACAUUAUCGCUGUUAUAAUUAUUGAAACGGUAUCAUGA